CCAGCGCCAUUUCUCUCUCUCUCUCUCUCUCCCCCAAAACCUAGGGUUUUCUCUAGGGUUUUGGACCGCUCCGGCGCUCGCCUCCAUCCAAUCCUAUCUGAAUUCGUUUGCUCCAUUUCGGUGUGGGGAUUGGUGGAGGCUGCUGGAGCUGAUUUGGCUCUGGGUUUUAUUGUUGGCAUGGAUUUUGUUGAAGAUUUAAGGAGUUGAUUGCAGCAAAGAAGAGCUUCUUGCCUCACUGAAGAGUAAACUUUUCUUGGGGGAGGAUUCAAUAACCAAAUUCCAUGGCUUACAAGCAGAAGAAAAUUGUAAAAAAUGCGAGAAACAGGUAUCUCAAGCCUGGUGCACUUGCUCAACUUCGUGACAGCAGAACAACAACUAGAUCCUCUGCUGAAAUUGCCAAGAGAAAGGCUUCCCUUGAAUCGAAGAAGGCAAAGAUGGUUCUACGUCGUGCAGAACUUGCCAUUGAUAUUAGUUCUCCAAUUGCAUCUCCAAUCAGGAGCACUUUUCAGUCACCUCCAGGACUAGUUGAUAGAAUUAAGGCCGACAAAUUGCCAGCAAGUCCUAAAACACCAGUACUUGGUCUGAAUAGUUCUCACUCAAGGCUCGAGUCUCUUCCUAUGGACCUACUAGUUAAAAUCAUGUGCCAUUUGCACCAUGACCAAUUGAAGGCUGUAUUCCAUGUUUCUCAGAGAAUUAGAAAGGCUGUUCUUCAUGCAAGGCAAUUCUAUUUCAACUACACAACUCCAGAUCGGUCUCGACAGGAGUUGCUUAGAACAAAAACACCACUCCCAACAGAGCAUUGGCCAUUCACAAGCAAGGCCAAUGGGAGAUCAAUCUGGGCGCCUAGUCCUCGCACACCCAAAGCGCCAAGGCAGGGACCUCGCCCUUCUCGUCAUCAUCAUAUGGACAUCAAGCAAAUUGCAGCUGUUCUCUUCCCAGAUUCAUUACCUUCAAGAUGUGCAGCAGUGCCACCAGGUUUACCAAGACCAGUCUUUAAGGCCAUGGCUUCCAACAGAGUUCUGUUCUACGAGGAUGAGUUAUGCCAUGCAGUUGCCCAGAAUAAGCUCUGUUAGACUUAGGACUUAGGAGUGCCCUCUAUCUUGUGUGUAUAUAUAUAUAUAUCCCUUUUGUUUUUACCUUUAUGAAACAAUCUCUGCUGGAGAUUGCUAUGCUUAUGUUUUAAUGGCUUUGCUAGUUGCUAGUUGCUAGUUUAGAUGUGUGUGCUAUGAGACAGUAAAGAAAUGAAAGGGAAUACUAGGCUUUUGGUUAGUAGUAAUGUUUUGGGUUGCUCUCUUUAGUUCUGGUUUUGUAUAGUAUAUGCUUAUUUAUAAUUUAUAAUGAAGACCAAUGAAUGCAUAAGAAGUCCAAUGAA